AAAUGGCGGCACCUCGUUUCGUUAGCUGUUAGUUAGCUUAGCGUCGGUGACAAAUACAGACAUAGAAACCACAAACUACACAAUUAAACAUUGUUUUGUUUUGUUCUUUUAAUCCAACGGGAUGACGAAGUUAAACUGUGUGAAACUGGAGAGAUUUAUGGCGGAAUUCUGUCGACUGGAACAGAAAAUUACAGAACUGAAUGGUGCAAAAAACCUUCUGGAGAUCAGGCUGGAUGACUCCAACAGGCUGGUGAAUUUUUAUAGAAAUAAGGAGCAGAGUCUAAUAGAUGAGAAGGAGAGCCUCCUGGUGACGGUGGACCGGCUGCACCGGACGCUGCAGGAACAAUGUGAUCUCAGAGUGGAAAACGAGAAGCUGAGGAAGGAGGUGGAGAAUCUGAAGGACGAGAAUGAGAGAACAGCCGAGGCUGGGCGGUCGGAUGUCCAGCAGCUGCUCAGCCAGAUGGCAGCAGAUGAGGACAGACACCAGAGGGCGCUACAGGCCGUCAGACAGCAGAGCAGCAGAGAGGUGGAGGAGGCGCAGAAACAGGCGGAGAGGCAGAUGGAAGCUAAAGAUGCAGAUGUUCGGCGGCAGCUGGAGGAGAAACAUCUGGAGCUGGAGGAGAUGAAGACGAGGAUGAAGGAGCAGGAGAGGGAGCGGCAGAGCGAGCUGCUCAAGAUGCAGAUGGAGUUUGGUGCGAAGUUAGCUCGGGUUCAAAGUUCAGCUCAGAGGAACCAGCAGCAGCAGCUUCAUGGAUCCAACCUUCUUCCUCAGAGCGUCUUCAAGCGGAAGCUGCAGUUUUUCCAGGAGGAGAAGAAUAAAGAGAUUGCGGUUCUGCGUCAGAGAAUCAAGGAGCUGGAGCAGAGCCAGCUUGCCGUUAGCAUCGGCAGCAGCAGCUAUGUGAAGAGGAGGAAGUUCUAGUUUGACUCGGUUGUGUUCAGAAAAGUUUAAAUUCGUGUUCUGGUUGCCGUUGCUGCGUUUUCUUCGCCUUUUUCUCCGUCUGGAAGCACGUUGAACCCCACGCUGCCCGGCCGUAUGAGGCUCUAAUCCCAUUAGACUGCAGCAGAGGAGGAAGCUGAAUGAAACGCUAAUCUGUUGCUGCAGCUUGAAUCUGUUUCCAUUCAGAGAAAUAAAUCAGUCGACUGCU